ACUGUUGACAUUGAAUAAGGGGACGGGAUGUCGUGUGUGUCUGAACAUUUCCAUGGGUACCUCGAUUUUAUGUAACCGUAGUGAUUGUGGGUAUUAAAUGGAAAAAAAAUCCACGCCAGUCAAAGUGAUAAUUUGGCAAUUCUUAUUGCUCCUUCGGUUUUCUUUUUCUUUUAUUUUUUAAAUUUCACUGGCUCAUGAAAUUGGAAAGCUCACCUCUUCCUCCUUAGAAUGCAGCUUGGACUGGAGCUGACUGGCGAAUGCAGGGAGGUUUUUGCUCGCUGGCUGGUCCUGUCACUGACAGGAAAGUUGAAAUAUAAGGCGAACAGCGUGUUUUCAUGUCUUGCCCAGUGAGCGGAUUUGUAGCUACUCGGUUCCCCUCCCGACUCUUCUAGAUCCACGUUGUUGGUGCCUCUCCCGCCUUCACACCCUCUGUUCCGGGAGGGACUGCUCCCGGUAGAUGUUCGUCUCCCUGCUCCGCGCCGAGAGGGGGGCCGACGAGGGAGUGGGGGGAGAGCCGGGCUCACCGGAUGCCCUGUUUAUCCUGCAGGUUCUGACACCCGUUCCGAGGACACGUUUUCAGUUUUGGUGAUUUAACGGCCAAAGAGGAAGAGCAAAUAAAUGCAUCUGCGUGCCCAGCGCCCCAUCCGCCCAGCCUGGCCGAGACCCUGACCCAUGCUGCAGCAACUGUGCGUCCCAGUCUCCCGGUCCCAGUGACACACCAUGCCCAUUGUUGAUAAGUUGAAGGAAGCCCUGAAACCCGGCCGCAAGGACUCGGCCGACGAUGGGGAGCUGGGGAGGCUCCUGGCCUCCUCUGCCAAGAAGGUCCUGUUACAGAAGAUCGAGUUCCAGCCGGCCAGCAGGAGCUUCUCCUACCAGCUGGAGUCGCUGAAGAGCAAAUACGUGCUGCUGAACCCCAGAUCAGAGGGCGCCGCUCGCCGGGGCGGGGAGGAGCCACAGGCCCGGAGGCAGGGCAGUGAGCAUGUGUACGGGAGCGGUGGCGAUGGUGUCCCCGCCCCCCAGAAGGUGCUCUUCCCCGUGGAGCGGCUGUCUCUGAGGUGGGAGCGCGUGUACCGCGUGGGAGCCGGGCUGCACAACCUGGGCAACACGUGCUUCCUGAACUCGACCGUGCAGUGCCUGACCUACACGCCGCCGCUGGCCAACUACCUGCUGUCCCGGGAGCACGCGCGGGGCUGUCUCCAGGGCAGCUUCUGUAUGCUGUGUGUCAUGCAGAACCACAUCGUGCAGGCCUUCGCCAACAGCGGCAACGCCAUCAAGCCGGUAUCCUUCAUCCGGGACCUGAGAAAGAUCGCCCGGCACUUCCGCUUCGGGAACCAGGAGGACGCCCAUGAGUUCCUGCGGUACACCAUCGACGCCAUGCAGAAGGCCUGCCUGAACGGCUUUGCCAAGUUGGACCGUCAGACGCAGGCGACUACUUUGGUCCAUCAGAUUUUCGGAGGCUAUCUCAGAUCGCGUGUGAAGUGCUCCGUGUGCAAGAGCGUCUCGGACACCUACGACCCCUACCUGGACGUGGCGCUGGAGAUCCGGCAAGCUGCAAAUAUUGUGCGUGCUCUGGAGCUCUUUGUGAAGCCAGAUGUCCUGAGCGGAGAGAACGCCUACAUGUGUGCCAAAUGCAAGAAGAAGGUGCCGGCCAGCAAGCGCUUCACCAUCCACAGGACCUCCAACGUCCUGACCCUCUCCCUCAAGCGUUUCGCCAACUUCAGUGGGGGCAAGAUCACCAAGGACGUGGGCUACCCGGAAUUCCUGAACAUCCGUCCGUACAUGUCGCAGAGCAGUGGCGAGCCCGUCACCUACGGGCUGUACGCAGUGCUGGUGCACUCGGGCUAUAGCUGCCACGCUGGGCACUACUACUGCUACGUGAAGGCGAGCAACGGGCAGUGGUACCAGAUGAACGAUUCCUUGGUCCAUUCCAGCAACAUCAAGGUGGUGCUGAACCAGCAGGCCUACGUGCUCUUCUACCUGCGAAUCCCAGGCUCCAAGAAGAGUCCCGAGGGCUCCAUCUCCAGGACGGGCUCCUCCCUUUCUGGGCGCCCCGGCGUGGUUCCCAACCACGUCAAGAAGAGUAUUAGCAACGGGACCGUUUCUUCCCCGCUGCCAGGAAAGAGACUGGACCCAGCGACCAUGAGGAAGCUGCAGGCCACCGAAGAGACGGGUGUGCCCGUGUCCAGGAACGGCUUCCUUUCGGGCCUGAAGUCUCAGAAUGGACACAUUCCUCCAAAGAUGCCCUUGGGGUCCUCUUUCCCCCGACUCUCCAAAACACCCACUCCCCUGCCGACCAUCCUGGAUGAACCUGGAAAGAAAGUCAAGAAGUCGGUUCCCCUGCAGCACCUCUCCCCGCCCCUCAAAACUUCUCAGGGGUCCCAUGGUGCCAGCGGCAGGUGUGACAGCCACAGGCCAGGCUCCUGGGACAGCAGGGGUGCUGUCCUCUCUACCUCACCCAGGCUCCCGCCCUCAGCGACUGCCAACGGGCACAGGCCUGAGGGCACCGCCCUCGACAGGGAGGACUCCAGCAGUUCCAGUCCUGAGCACUCUGGGAGCAGCGACCCCGCCCAGGCCUCCCCAACCCCCAGGAGCGGCGCCCGCUUCUGCGACUCUCAGGGAAGGACCUCCACGGUCGGCCCACCCAGGGCACCGCUGAAUGGCGAAGACUCGAAGGCGGUGAAGCCAAGGUCCCCCGUCCUGAGCAAUGUCGCCACUGAGCCCACAAACACCAUGUCUCCUCCACCAGCCAAAAAACUGGCCCUUUCUGCCAAGAAGGCCAGCACCCUGCGGAGGGCCACCGGCACUGACUGUGCGCCGCCCCCCCCUCCACUCUCCGACCUCACCUACCCCAGGAAAGCCAUUCACCCUGCCGUUGCCUGCGCCCGGCCUGUCGGUGCCACCAGGGCUGUUUCACCUGCUCCUGGACCGUCCAGCCUCCCGAAGCUCCCCCUUGGCCCCCACUCCGCCACACUGCCCAGCAGCCCCCAGACUCUCAGGACGUCGGGCCUACAGAGCCCCACCUCUGCCUCUCUGCCUCAGGUCAACAGGGGCUUCCGGGCCCCCCCACACCAGCUGCCAGAGGCCACUGAGCCCCCCCCGAGCCUCUGUAAGAAGAGGAAAAGGAAGCACCCGGGAGAGAGCCAGGGGCCGGGCUCAGGGGUCGGGGAAGCCGCCGCCCCUCCUGGGAAGAAGCGGAAGAAGAGGAGGCGGCGCCCAGAGGACGUGGACCCCUGUCCCCCGCCGGAGGGGCCGACGCCAGGACCACCCGGGAGCCCCGAGCGCAGGAAGGAGGGCCAGGCACAGCGCCCGGCGGCCGGGCCACAGGAGGACGGUGGACAGCGGCUGGUGAACGGCCAGGGCCUGGUGAACGGCUGGCAAGCGGGAUGCAAGACGGAGGGCGCCCGCGUGCGCAAGAGGGAGAAGGGAGCUGAGGGCCUUGGCGGGGCAGCCGGCCUCCUCCAGGACCCGCCUGGGCGCAGGAGCUGCUCCCCCUUGGACGCCGUCAAGCCAGAGCCCACUGUGCCAUCUCCGAGGAAAAAGAGAAAGAAAAAACGAAAGCCAGAGGCUCGGCAGGAAGUAGACGAGAAGGAGCACCCCGAAGGCUGGAGGGGCGCGAGGCAGGGGGGCCCUGCCGUCCCUGGGAGCGAUCCCGUGCCCACUGUCAACGGCCAGUGUCCUGGGGACCUCGCAGGGCUGGACCAGGCUCCCCCGGUAUCCGGCCACAAGGAGCGAGGCUCCGACGUGGUCUGGGAGUUGCUCGAAUACUCGUCUGAUAAAGCCUACGGGAAGAGAGUUCUGACGUGGGGCGGCGAGGUGUCGGCUGUUAGCCAGGAUGCUAUUCGAGACAGCAGGCUGGCCCGCGCCGCCACCGUGGUCGACGACUGGGAUGAAGAGUUUGACCGUGGGAAGGAAAAGAAAAUUAAAAAAUUCAAGAGAGAAAAGAAAAGAAAUUUCAACGCCUUCCAGAAACUUCAGAAUAGACGGAACUUUUGGUCUGUGACUCACCCAGCCAAGGCCGCCAGCCUCAGCUACCGCCGAUGAACCGCCGCUGUUGGGAUGGACUCACAGAGAUGGGGUGUCCCUUCCUGGGAACUGCUGCAUGGACUCCUGGCUGGGUCACCUCUGGGCCCUGAGCCGGGCCCUGGACAGCCAUGAGAGGAUGGCGCACGUGGGCUCUGGCUUCUGUGGACGAGUACUCCGGUGACAGCUCGCCGGUGACCAGCCACACAGUGACGCGUAGCACAGACAGCAGCCCCGGCUGGAGGCCUGGACGGCAGUGUCUGGUCUGGGCCAAGGGAGAGAGCAGAGAGGAUGGCGGCCACUCUUCCUGUGUGCUCGAUCCAGUGCCCUUGGGGUGACCGUGUGUGGUCGGUUGCUCUUGACGAGCCUUCCGUCACCUGUUCCUGGUGGCCGGCGCUGCUCUCCCGCCUGCGCCCUGCCCUCCUGUCUCCUGGGCAGGGCUCUGUCCCUAUGCCUUCCCUGUCCACCCUCAAAACGCCAGGGCCCGAGGCUGGCCCACAGCGCAUCGUGCUUUGCAGGGAACUGGACCCUCUCUGGGGGCAGGGGGCUGUGUGGGGUGGGCUGGGGGCUCGAACUGUUGAGCUGACCAUGUGCUCACCAGGCUGCUGGCUCUGAGGGUGCCUCCCGAGCCUUUCCGUGUAACCACAGUAACCGUGGGUCCCUAUCCAGGUGGGGGUCUUCACGUAGCUGAUUAUUUUGACCAGGCCUGGGUCCCGUCAGCAGUGGGUUUCCUUUCCUCUCCCCACAUGCACAUGCUGGCUUCCUUCACUCGGUUGCGUGCUUUUGAAUUUAGAUGGUUGUGUAACUGCAGAUCACUUUCUACCUUGCUCAAGCCGUGCCUGCAAACUUAUAAAUUAGUAAUUACAGGAAAUUCUCAGUCCAGCUGAUGCUUUCCAGAAAAAAGACACCUGCCCCAGGGGUAGAAGUAAAUCUGGAAGCUCCUCCUCAGCGCGCGUCUCGGCUCCUUUCUCUGGGACCUGCGCGGGGAGCUGGACCGAGGGCUGCGUGGACUGUCCCCACAGCAGUCCUCAGCCCAAGGCUGAGCGGUGCCCUGGCCUGGCCCCGAGCCCCUCUCCCGACGGCCUUGCCCUUGCUCUGCGGUCCGGUGGUAAUUAAAUGUUAUAUUUUUUAUAUGGGGAGGUGUGUUAACUUUUUCAUGGGGGUAGUUUUUGGUUUUCCUUUCUGUUCAUUUUCCCUUUGAAAAAGUGGGGAGGGUGAUACCGGUGGCUGGCCCUGGGGCUGCCUCUGGUCCCGAGAAAGCGAGGGGGCUGUGCAGACGCUGGUCCCGAGCUUUGCCCUUUCUCUGAGGCCUGACCUCUGCUUGUCAGCCACACCUGUUCAGAGACUCGGGGCCCAACCCGGCGCUUUGUCACUUGUCACCUCCAGAGAGGAGGCAGGUGCCCCUGUGGGCAGGACUUGCUCCCUGUGCGGUGCAGUGGGCUGCAGACCCUCCGUCCUGUGGGGACCGCCUCCCAGCCAUGCUUGUCUGGUGUCCUGUGGCUGAAGUAGAAGAGUCCAUUGUGUGCUAGAAUCUCCCCUUUCGUUACCGCCCUCAUCUCCUCCAGAUCAGGCCCUGUCCUGUGUCCCCUCCCCGCACCGUGUCACUGUAAAACCUGAGGGAGUGUGUCUGUCACCGUGGGCAGUGCUGAGCCCGGCCUGACUGGAGACAGCAUUUAUCACUGUUAGAGGCCAGCCCUCCCCUCCCACAACGUCAUCUGCCAAACGGGCGGGGAAGGGCGGGCCCAGAAAAUUAGUCCAAAUUCUAAGUGGUGUGUACAUAUGUAAAUACAUAUAAGUAACCAGGGCUUUUAUAACCACGGCCCCUCGGCUGGCUUAGAACCUGGGUUUAAUUUAACUGUUUAGAGUGGAGGGGAGGGGGGCAGGGUCUGUAGGAGGGGCCACCCCGCCCGCCUCACCUGCUUCUGCCGGCCAGCGGCUAUCACCUCUGCGGGCAGGUCUGCGCCCCACGCUCCAUGCCUCCGCUCCCUGGGCCGAGGAGCCCCAGAUGUGGCCAAGAUCUUGGUGCAAUAAAAUCACGAGGUAUUUUGAGUCCUGCCUGUGUCUUUGAUUUUUAAAAAAGGUAGAUCCUGACCCUCAUCUGUUUUCCUCAGUUCCAAUGACGUGUUGCCCUCUGGACGUCCAGGUGACCCAUGGGGAGUGGGACUGGUCGCCUUCAGCUCUGGUGGGAACGUCUAAGCAGGUCUCAGUUAAGAAUAAAGGCGGACAGAGGGGCAUUCGGGUGUCUGAACAAUACGUUUACUCAGGGUUAAGGAGACGGGGCUCCUAACCUUUGUGGGUGAUUUUUCAAUGACUGUGUUGAGGAAACUGAAACAGUAUCAUUCCACUAAGGUGCGUUCAAAUUUUCUUUCACUGAAAAAUGUUUGGGUUUCUGCAGGCAAAGAUGAGAGACAUAAUCGGCUUCACGAAGCUGCGAGGCCUCACGGUUGGCAUGAGCAACGCAGGCCUCAGUGUGGGUCCCCCCGCCCGGCCUAUGCGAUGAGCAGGGUGCCGCAGGGUGGUCAGCGCCCACCAGUCCCUCCUGCCCCGCGGGGGCAGCCCAGCCACUUCGGGCUUGGGGUGGAGGGUGUGUGGAGAUGCUUGUGUUUUGCGGGGACUGGAAUUUACUGUCCACAUGAAUUUAAUUUGGGCUCGUGGAAAAUUGCAGGUUUUGUCAGCCUGGGCCGCACAUCAAUGUUUCUAUCUCUCUCCCUCCUUCCCUACCACACUCUCUAAAACUAAAAAAAGGUAAAAAUUCGAAAACAGUGAGCAGGUAAUUGGUUCAGGUGUGUUUCCCUGAACCAAUCAGUGGCUUUUUCGUGACUGCUGCUGAAUGAAGGCGUCACCCGUGCUGACAGUUGGGGUCAUUGAAAUGUACUUUAUGGGGUUUUUUGCUCUUAUGAUAUUAGAAAUGAUCCUGCUUUAUGUACUUUUUUCUCCCCCUCUACGUGUAUUUCUCUGCUAUUUUCUGUCCGCAGUUAGGCGCCUCCCAGUGGGCAGGGCCCGGUACCCCAGGCACCCAGGAAGUCUGUUGAACAGCAGAACUGGGAAAGCUGCGUUAGGAGCGUGGUCUGUGGCCGUGCAUUUAGACUCUGCUCAGAAAACACCACCCCCUAAAAAAGGGGGACAUCUGUAAUACUUUCAACAAUAAAGAUAAAUUUAAAAAGCCA